AGUGUGUAGAGACGAAAAUUGAAAUGGUUUAGGAGGAACUGGAUGUAAAGAGCUAGACUCGUUUUGUGAACAAAGCUAUAACAUUCUUUAAUAUCAAAUAUCGUUGCAGCAAGAACUGUAUCUUGCGACGCACGUUAAAUCACAUUAGUUGUAAUGUAACCAGUUAGUUAGAUACAGUAGCUAGCUAACUUAAAAAAGCUAGCUACCUCUACACUCUCGUGUUGGAUCGAUGUAAAAUAUUUGCGGUUCUGCUGGCUUGUGACAUCGUGCAACUGGGUGCUGAAAAUGACCUCUCUUGGUGAGAUAUAGCAACGGAAGAACUACAGCUGGACGUUUUAGAGAACAACGUUAAUUGCUUGCAGUUAGCUAAUUUCCACUGAAAAUUGGUGACUUGGCCAAGACAUGCUGUUAGCUAAUCGCAGCUAUCAUUUGAAUGUCCACGUUUCCAUAUUAAUGAGAAGCAGCUAUAGUUCGCUAGAUACUCCAACACUGGAAUUUGGUCUCGCGCUGGCACUGUCGGCCACCGAGUUCCAGUCCACGCAACAAGCUAGCUGGGUAGCUAGCUGAUUUGCUGCUACUACUACUACCUGUCAAGAAUAGGAGGCGGUGGCAGCUUUGGUGGAUACAUUUCUGCCUCUGCUUUAUAUAGAUUACUGCCGAGGUGAAAUACUGCAGUUCAUGUUUCAACAAGAAGUCAGUGUACUGUCUUUUAUUCCGUCUUGUUCGUACCUUUUCCAACACGAGAAGAGGAAUAUGUCUACAUAUAAUAUUUACAGUCUUUUAGACUGGUUGUAUGGCGGCGUUGACCCAAAGUUUGAAGGCAACGGGGGCCCAGAAUGUGCCGCCUUUCUUGCACCGCAACAACGUAUCAGCGAGAGUUUUGUCAUGGUUCUGAUUUCCAUCGUACAAGUUGUCGUCGCACUGAGAAAAAUCAACAUUUGUAAAGAACUCAAAGAGAUCGCGAAAGAUGGGCAAAGGACGAAACAGGACAGUUUCGGCAAGAACCUGUUGCUGGUUGCUCUGUGUAUGACGUUUGGAGUAGAGGUCGGAUUCAAAUUCGCCACCAAGACGGUGAUAUACCUACUGAAUCCGUGUCAUGUUAUGACCAUGGUGCAGAUCUUCCUGCUGGCCUGUCCGCCAUGUAAAACAGCCAUGGUCAUCUUUAGGCUUCAGGUCCAUAUGCUGAACGGUGCUUUACUGGCCCUCAUCUUCCCUGUGGUCAACACUCGACUGCUUCCGUUUGAGAAGGAGGUCUACUACAUUCAGCAUUCCAUGCUCUACCUGGUGCCUGUAUACCUCUUCAGGAAAGGAGGCGUGUACAAACCGGAGCCCCUAAGGGAUAUGUGGUGGGCUAUCCUCUCUACUGGCAUCUUGUUCCUCUAUCACUUCCUGUUCCUGCAGGGCCUGGGCCUGAUGACCGAGGUCAACCUGAACAACAUGUUGUGUCCAGCGGUGUCGGACCCAUUUUACGGGCCUUGGUACCGGGUUUGGGCUGCGGGUCACCAGACCCUGCUGACCCUGGUUCAUGGGAAGGCCCUGACCCUCUUCUCCUACCACACCGGCCCCACCUGCAGGUACCUGCUGGACACCGCCAGACUGCGCAGCAAGGUCGACUGAACAGACAGACAUACGGACUCACACGGACGUAGCCUUUUUAUAUGUUGGGAUUUUCUAUCAACAUUUUUAAUGCAUCUUGUACCACUUACCAUAUAUUUUUUUUUAAUGUAAUGAAAUAGGCAUUUCAGGGUCAAUGAAACAGUGUAAUUAUUUUUGUGUUAGAGCUGGCUUGCAUUAUUUGCAUGCACACAUGACGGGAAGACUGCUAGAGGUGGUAGUUAUUGGUGUGUGUGGCUGGCCAGGUGAAAUGUCCUUUUGUUUCGGUCAGAUUUCCUGAACAUGAGUUACUGAUGUUUCUAAAAGUUACUCUUUAUUUCUAAAGUUGCCUUUUGUAGUUAUGUUCAGAAAAAUGGGGCUAACCCAGAUAUCACUGAAUUGUCAUCAUUACUGUACACUUUAAACUAUUCAUUUGUGCUUGCCAUGACAGUUGGCCCAGGUAUGGGUCAUGUUGCCAUUUUGUGUUUGUAUUUAAGAAAACAUUGUUUAAUCCAUUGUAAAAAAAACAUCACUUAGUGAUAUUUUGUCUGUUUGAAGAGUAACGGUUGUGAAGCAGCUGUCUCUGUCAUAUCUGUGGUCACAGCCUCUUCUGACAAGGAGAAACCUGUUCCUCACAUCUUCUCCUUUGCUGGAUCAAGUGGUAUAUCUAAAAGAGGCUCCCGCUUAUGUAUCCCAUCUCUCCAUCACUGAUUUUACAAAACUGCGGAGGUGAAAGAAAGGAUGUAGGCGGCGUUUUUAUAGACAAUGCAGACAAGUGUCUGUCCUGUCGGAUCAUUAUGGAUGAAGGGAAAUUACAGGAAGGUAUCUUGAUGUAGGUAUUUGGAUACAGCAUGGUUGUCAAAAGGGUGAGAGGAGCAAUGCCCUGUGCCUGUUGAGAGAGACAGAGAUCUUAGAGGUAGAGAUGGCUUUCAGAGAUGAUUUAAUUAAAUUGAUUUAGGGCUAUAAUCAAUCCGUAUCGCGGAUGUUUGGCGUUACAGCGUGAUUGAAAUGUGAAGGCAAUGUUCCUGCGUUGGCGGUAAAUGCUGCAUAUGUUGGCUUCAGCGAUACAGAUUGAAAAUAGCCUUUAUUGAUCAUGGGGCAUAUUCAGUGGGGCACAGCUAUCAAGGUUGCAUUUUUUUUUUUUUUUAAGUGUAAUGACGAUAAUUCUCUAUCAAAUGCCUGUUCUAUACAUUACACUUAACUCUACAUUGAGUGUUGGGGCCCAGGUUAUUUUUAAGGGGCAGCCCAAUUUCAGUCCAUAUCAUGUACCCCAAUAUACACUGGUUCUAUAUAACCGAUCACAUACUUUGUUUUAAUGUAUCUGUUUAUUGAUUACCUGCAAAUGACCUGCAUAGCUCUACUUUGGGACAGUCAUUGGGAAUCCCUGUUUUAAGGGAAAUAUCGUUUUUUUUGAAGGGGUUUUAAAUACAAUUUCCUAUUCCCCAUCACGUCGAUCGCUCCCAUUUUGUAAUGAGGGAUUUUUGUGUUACUUUACUAGUACACAUUACAAAAACAAGGGAUAUGGUAUACUUUUGUACACUUUUUCUGGGUGGAUGUGCACUGUAUUGACAAUAAAUGUGAUUUCUGCCCUUAAA